GCCGCCGCAGUGCGUGGACAUCCCGGCGGACCUGCGGCUGUGCCACAACGUGGGCUACAACAAGAUGGUGCUGCCCAACCUGCUGGAGCACGAGACCAUGGCCGAGGUGAAGCAGCAGGCCAGCAGCUGGGUGCCCCUGCUCAACAAAAACUGCCACAUCGGCACCCAGGUCUUCCUCUGCUCGCUCUUCGCGCCCGUCUGCCUCGACCGGCCCAUCUACCCGUGCCGCUGGCUCUGCGAGGCCGUGCGCGACUCGUGCGAGCCCGUCAUGCAGUUCUUCGGCUUCUACUGGCCCGAGAUGCUCAAGUGUGACAAGUUCCCCGAGGGGGACGUCUGCAUCGCCAUGACCCCGCCCAAUGCCACCGAAGCCUCCAAGCCGCAAGGCACAACUGUGUGUCCUCCAUGUGACAACGAGUUGAAGUCGGAGGCCAUCAUCGAACAUCUCUGUGCCAGCGAGUUUGCUCUGAGGAUGAAAAUAAAAGAAGUGAAGAAAGAAAAUGGAGACAAAAAGAUUGUCCCCAAGAAAAAGAAGCCCCUAAAGUUGGGGCCCAUCAAGAAGAAGGAGCUGAAGAAGCUCGUCCUGUUUCUGAAGAACGGGGCGGACUGCCCCUGCCACCAGCUGGACAACCUCAGCCACCAGUUCCUCAUCAUGGGCCGCAAGGUGAAGAGCCAGUACUUGCUGACAGCCAUCCAUAAGUGGGACAAGAGGAACAAGGAAUUCAAGAACUUCAUGAAGAAGAUGAAGAACCAUGAAUGCCCCACUUUUCAAUCGGUCUUCAAGUGAUUCUCACAGCGGCGGGUUGGGAUGAGGGGUGGGGAAGGGCGGGCACCCCGGCACCAGGCAGGGGGCUCCCCAUGCUGCUCCUGGUGGUAGUGACCUUGUAAUCCAGCUGGCUUUGUUCUUGCAGCACCCCACCCCCUUCCCUCUGUAGCCACGUCCAGGUAAGGAAAGGGCAUGUAGAUUAGGAAGGCUCUGAAUGUCACAGCGUGGACCCGCUGUCACUGCACGCCAGGUACAGAUCAUUGCAACCAGAGACAGUGACUCCGAAAGAUACACAUUGCCAGUGAAAAUAGGGGAUUGGGUAGAAGAGAGGCAGCAGCAAAAAUUACAUUCUGCAACUUCCUUCAUGUUAGAAAUUGCUUGUGGUCGGCUCGUCUCUGCCUUUGGGACUGGAAGGUUCUAACGCUGGGUAAGUCGUACUGCUUUCAGUCCCCGAGCAGUUUCUCUUUCUGUCUGCUUUACACAGAAACAGCCAUCCUAUGCUUAGGAUUUAAGGUCAGCGCCAAAACUGAUAGAUGCAGACAAGAAAAGGCAAGCCCAGCCUUGGUAGCACAACGGGGACUCAAAGGGAGGGCCCUGCCUGCCUGCCCUCUGCUUUCCAUGCCACUGACUUCCGCUAAGUCCCUGCCCGUCUCAGAUGCCACGUCAGUGGGGUUCACUCCACACAGUGCAUGGUCUCCCCUCCAGACAUGUGGAGGGUGGCACGUGGCUGCCUUUGUGUCAGGAGAGGGCCAGCACCGUGGGCAUGAAGGAGAGGAGGAUUUUCAGAUGGGGAAGGCAGUGGUUAGUGGUUUCCAAAAAACAUGGUUAAAGAUGAAAAAAAAAAAAAAAUCAGGACAGUCCAGCAAAUUGCUAGCUAGCCGGGGUGAAGAGCUUAGCGUCCUGACUUUAUCCGGUUAUUUGUUUCUCAUUUUUAAAGAACAACAAACAACAACAACAACAAAACCCCACUUAUUCUUUAAGGCUUUUUAAAAAUGUCUACAUUGAGUGUUUGUAGGGUGCGCUAAAGGUCCUGGGGUGCGUUUGAGGUUAUUUUCUCCAAGUCAGCUCCCAUCGGCGUUUGUGGCAGAGAUGGGGUCGCCUGGUGGCAUAGCUCUGGGUCCUUCCUAAGCAGUUCGGAACCUAGCAGGACACCAACAAGAUCACAGGCCUUCCCAUUCUUCUCUGUGAAGAAACUGAUUCCUUUCAACUGGAUUACUUGCAGAUCAAGGACGUUUGGAACAGCCUGCCUGCCUGUGCCCCUGAACUUCUACUCUCUUGUGUUUCCACUUCUGCGGAGGGCAUGUUGAUAGUGUCACCCUCCCAGGAGAGGUUUCAAAAGCAAAGCAUCUCUGCAGUGUUGCCCAAAGUGCCCUAAGACGUGCCUAGAGGCCCCGAUGUUUAAUAAGUGCUGUACAUAAGUUCACUUAGGUGACGUCACUCUUGUCCCAGGUAUAGGAAGUAGUUAUAAAAACUUAACAUUCAUUUCUUCCCCAAAGCCCGAUUUCUUAAUUCUCUGUUACACCUCGGGGACCUCAGUGAUUGUUCUCCUGGGUGAAUGGAUGCUGCAGUGAGGCUGUCAGGUGUCACCCCAGCGGCCCUG